CUGGUCCUUCAAAGUUUCCUGCAUAAAAUUUGGCCGGAAUAUGUCUCUGACCAACACAAAGACCGGCUUUUCUGUUAAAGACAUCUUGGACUUGCCUGACACCAAUGACGAAGACGGCUCCAUCGUGGAAGGCGGGGAUGAAGAAACGGAGGGCUCCGAACCCCCCAAAAAGCCCAGCGUUUUGGGGACAACCUCACUGGACGCUGUUCAGACGCUGCCUCUGAAGAACCCCUUUUAUGACAAUACCGAUAAUCCCUACACGCGUUGGCUGGCCACCACCGAGAGCAUCCAGUACUCCUUGCACGGUUUGGCAUCCAGCAACUCCCAACAGGAUUCCGCGUCCAAAUCUCCCGAGCCUUCGGCCGACGAGUCCCCGGACAACGACAAGGAAACGUCGAGCAACGGGGACUCCGGCAAGAAGCGGAAAAGGCGGGUGCUUUUCUCCAAGGCGCAGACUUACGAGCUGGAGAGGCGCUUCAGGCAGCAGCGGUACCUCUCGGCCCCCGAGCGGGAGCACCUGGCCAGCCUGAUCCGCCUCACUCCCACCCAGGUGAAGAUCUGGUUCCAGAACCACCGCUACAAGAUGAAGCGGGCCAGGGCCGAGAAAGGUAUGGAAGUGACUCCUCUCCCCUCCCCGCGCCGGGUCGCCGUGCCCGUCUUAGUCAGGGACGGCAAGCCGUGCCACACGCUCAAGGCACAGGACUUGGCUGCCGCCACCUUCCAGGCGGGGAUCCCUUUCUCAGCCUACAGCGCCCAGUCUCUCCAGCACAUGCAAUACAAUGCCCAGUACAGCUCGGCCAGCAACCCCCAGUACUCCUCAGCGCACCAUUUGGUACAAGCCCAGCAAUGGACUUGGUGAACGCUCUAGAGACACUAGAGACUUGACGGAGGGAUUUCAAAUUGGUCCUGCCGGGGAGGGCGUGGGGGAGGGCACGGUGGGACGAGACUUCGGAUAUUCGGAUGCCUGUGGGGAGGGGGGAUUUCUUCUUUAGGGGAAAGGGGUCAGUUUUCAUUCUUUUGGGGUGUUUUGUGCGCCAUGUUUACAAGAGAGAGGAAAAAUUGCGGCGUUGCUAGUGGUCCUGUCUACCUACAAGUACAAAUUUUAAAUA